ACAUUACCAUUAGUUUAUGAUUAUUGAGUCGUACCUUUCAAUCGAAUUGAGCAUUGAACCGAGUUUCGAUUAUUGCUGGAUCUUUCUUCCAGGCCAAAGUUCCGUUUCCGAACCGAACUAAGCCGAACUGAACCGAACCGAACCGAUCAAGGCCGUCCUCUGAUCCGAUCUCUGUAAAGAUCUGCCACAGAAAAGAUGGCACCAAAGAAUCGCAUUGCAAGGGUGCCCGCUGCACAUGUGGCGGCCCGGUCGUCCAAUGGGAAGCUGUCGGUAGGCACCCAGACCGGGACUCAAAUUUGCGCGGCUCCCAGUCGGGUGCCAACGCGUCCCAAAAUUAUCACCGGCAAGGACCAGCUGAGCAUGAUACGCCGUGGCGUGAAGCGGGCCAGCCAGCCGGCGCACUUCCAUGUGGUACCCAAAGAACGUUUCAUCACUGCUCGCGCAUCGGUCGCAGGGGCUAUUUCCCCGCCUUUGGCCAACGAGAAGGCCUGCCAGGCAACACCGGUCGGCAAGGAAUUGAAGAUCAGGCGGCCAACGGCCGUGGCUUCGUCCAGGCCACGGCAGAUUCCCCCGAUACCGAUGGAGGAAACGCGCAAAGAGAGCGUCUAUAACAAGGAGGUGAAGCGCUUGAAAUACCUGAUGGAAAUUGUGAAUGCCGAUAAGCCACCAAACUGGAGCUUGGCCUCAGACAUGUGGCGGGAGAUUGAUUACCUGGAGCGUCGUAUCGACGCGUAUCAGAACGAAAAACCGGCAAACAGAGCACCAAAGUAAAGCACAAAAGCUCAAAAAGUACACUAACAAGUCACACUUCACACACGAAAGAGUCGAUUGCAACAAUCGUUUGCACAAAUCGUCAGCAACAAUCGUCCCAAUGUACCUGCAACAAGCACCCGAACGUACACUAAAACAAAAUCACAAUCACAUUGCGGCAAAUAAUUGUACCAAAGAUUUGGUGUUGUUGAUGUAUUAAAGCCGUACUGCGAACUAGUUCUUAAUUGUAGAGACCUAGUUCUCAUUUAUGAGAGAACUCGUUCUGACCUUGCAGCAUGCAUUCCCGGUCCACGUUUGGAGUAUCGUUUCACUUUAGUCCACAUCCUCGUACUGUUUGAUAUAGUAAAGAAUGGUACAACCUUCCUGAGGUGAUGCUCCGGGCCAAGUUACCAAUCGGGCUUUUCCCACAGCCUUAUCCAUCUUUGAUCACGGCCAAAGCUGAUCUUCGGCAAGAGGAGCUACCAAUCGCUUUAAUUAUAAACAUGAUCAUCAGAAAUAGAGUUUUUGGAGUGCAUAUAAUCAUUAUAUAUGUAUAUAUCUUUACUUAUUAUAUUGUAAACGCUUUUACAUGAUAGAUAUAAGUAAGUACGCACAUCCGUGUAGUACGUGCUCAUCAUAUUUUACGAGAACGAGAACGAAGCCUGUUCUUCUAAAGGAA